AUGGAAUCUAAUAAUAUUUUAAAAAGAUCUACUGUUAAAAAUACUGAACAAUCAAGUACUUCAAUUAAUGGUUUAGAAGUUUGGUAUCCUAAAUUAUCUAAAUCAGAAGAACUUGCUUAUAAUAAAGAUGUUAUUCGUCUUCGUUCAAUUGUAAAGCCUAAGAACAAAACGACACAACAUAUUUCAGUUGGCGAAAUUCAUGCACUUGUUUAUAAUACACAUGGAAUUCGAGGUCGAAUUAGGCAUCUUAUUAUUGAAUAUAGUUUAUUGAAAGACCAAAUGUGUACUUUUGAAGAAAUACAAAAUCAAGCACGUCUUUUACUCAAUGAGUUAAUAGAAAAAUAUUCAAUUGGUCCACAAGAACAUAUGAGUGAAACUGAUUUUAUGAUGAUGAACACAUUAUGUAAAGAUUCAGGUGAACUGAAUUUAUUUUUUAAGAAUGGAAUAAAUGGUACUCAUCCUGAUGUAGGAAUUGUGAUUACUUCAUCAAAAAUGAAACAGUUUGAAAAAUCCUUUAUGUUUGUUACGGGCUUACCGUACAAAAUGAAUGUCUCAAUAGUUGGUGGUGGUAUACAUAAAAUUUUAGCACUUCUUUUAAUUAUAUACAUUAAUUUGAACGAUAAACCUGGUCAUAAAAUACUUCAAAUGUUAUUGAAUAAAUGUGGUAUGAAUAAAUUUUAA